AGGCGCGGCUGUCCAGAUCCUCUGCUUCAGAUUCUGGUUUCGUACGGAGGACCGGGAGGAUGACAUCUUCAAAGGUCUACAAGGAAAAAUUUGAUUCUGUUGUCACAUAUCUGCAUGCUGCUAUUGGAGUCGACAGAAAAACUGUUUCACAAGCGUUGGAUGAUCUACUAAAGGUGUAUGAUUACAACUGGGAGCAUAUAGAAGCUGAUGAUUUUCGGGUUCUAACUGAUGCUAUUUUCGAUGAGCCUGAUCCCAAAGAAGGAAAGAAAUGGCAAGCUGAUGAUUUUCGGGUUCUAAACGAUGCUAUAUUAGACAAGCCUGAUCCCAAAGAAGGAAAGAAAUGGCAAGCUAAGGGGAGGAAGGAUAGAUGUGGCCAUCUUGAUUCUGACCACGGUAACAAGAAGCUUAAGGUUGAACACCAAAGUCAAGACCUUCCUAUUUUUGAGGCCCCACUUGCAGUUAUGCGCCCACUGGUUCAAGAUUCCACCCAUCAGAGAGCUUACAAGGAUGCACACACGAUUUCUGGUGUGCAGCAUGCUGUGAAAGGUGUUUCUGUUUCUCAUGAAAGAGGCAUGACUGAUCCACACGAGAGUCAAGCAAUCACAAACAAAAAAGAUUCUUCAACCAACUUUGAGGUAGCUUUGUCACAUUCUGGAGCAGGGAAACUAUCAUUUACAUAUAACUCGGCAAGUCCUGAUUUCAGCAUGCCUGACAUGGAGUCGGUAUGCAAGGAAAUGGAGGCUAGAUGUCUCAGCACAUACAACUUCCUAGAACCCAAUUUCUCUUUCAUGAAACUUCUGCAAGAUAUUUGCCAGUGUAUUGUUGACAUGGGCUGUGAAUCGAGUAGACCUAGAGAAAAAAGAAUGAUACAGAUAAUUCCUGCAGUAGACUUUUUGUCUAAGCCUUCAGUGCCACGAGUAUUGCAAUCAAGUCAAGCUGCUAUCUCAAUUAUGUCACCUAACAGUCGCAUCAUUCAUGGUGGUAUUUGCUCUUCUAGUGCUAUUGCUGGAGAACAGAACAGUUCCAGUAAUAUGCAAGUUAUUGCCAAGAGACCAGCUCAUGAUGUCAGUGACAUAUCAAAAGGUGAAGAACACGUGAGUAUUCCCAUAAUUAAUGGAUCUGGCAAUGGCAUUCUUCCUCCUCCCUUUCACUACAUACCAUUCAAUAUCACGUUCCAGAAGGCACAUGUCAAUAUUUCUCUUGCUAGAAUAGGAGAUGAUAGUUGCUGCUCAGAUUGCUUUGGAGAUUGUCUAGCAGAGCCACUUCCUUGUGCAUGCGCAACAGAAACUGGAGGCAACUUCGCUUAUACAAGAGACGGCCUGCUUACAGAAGCAUUUCUUGAUACUUGUGUCUCCAUGCUUCGAGAACCAGAUAAACAUCAUAUAGUCUACUGCAAAAUUUGUCCUAAUGAACUAGUGAAGCUCAAAGUAAAUGCGGAUCCGCAAAACACGAAAGUGAGUCCCGAUCCUUGUAAAGGACAUCAGCUAACGAAAUUUGUUAAGGAAUGCUGGAGUAAGUGUGGCUGCAGCAGAAAUUGUGGAAAUCGUGUGGUUCAGCGAGGCAUUACUCGACCUCUACAGGUAAGUAUUCUUAACCAAUGGGAAAAAGGAUGGGGACUGCGGGCUUCUGAGGAACUUCCUCGAGGCGCUUUUGUUUGUGAAUAUGUUGGCGAAAUAUUAACGAACAAUGAGUUGGACGAGCGAAAUUCUCAAACGACAGCCAAUGAGAGGCACACGUACCCUGUGAAUCUUGAUGCUGAUUGGGCCACUGAAGGAGUUCUGGAGGAUGACCAUUCUCUCUCUCUAGAUGCCACAUUUUAUGGGAACGUCGCAAGGUUUAUAAACCACAGAUGUUUUGAUGCUAAUCUUAUUGGAAUACCUGUUGAGAUUGAGACACCUGACCACCACUACUACCAUCUGGCGUUUUUCACCACAAGGCAAACAGAGCCAUUUGAAGAACUGACAUGGGACUACGGAAUUGAUUUUGACGACGUGAGCCACCCUAUCAAGGCGUUCAAAUGUCUUUGCACAAGUGAGUAUUGCCGGGGCAAAAGAAGCAUCUCAAGAUCUAAAUCCAGAGCCCUGGUGUUACUGUGAGUACUGGUCAAGAGAUAAAGGCGAGAAGGAGAUUCCAGAUAACAUAGCAUCUGCCAAGCCGUUUUCAUGGUUUU